AUGGAGACGAGGAGCCCUCAGCCCUCGCAGGAGCGUUUCCUCCCGUGUGCUCCCAGCCAGGCUCGGGUGCAGGAUGGAGCGCAGGAGGGUCGCAUCCUUCUCCCCUGGGAGCCGGGCGGAAGCGGCGGCGGGAGCUCGGGGUCGGGGAAGCGGCGAGAGCCAAAGCGACUCAGUAACGGCGGCGGCGGCGGUAACGGCGGCUCCGGCGAUCCUGCGCGGCGGCCCCGCCCCCUCCUCCGGCCAGAACCAGCGCGAAAAAUCCGGCGCGCUGAUUGGCCGCCGCCGCUGCGCUGCCCCCGGAGCGGCUGUUUCAAAUCCCCCCGCACGGAGCCGCCCGCACGCGCGGCCCGGAGCGGCGCCUGCCGUGCGCGCGGGGCGGCGGGAGCAGCCGGGCCCGGCGGGGGCCGCGCUGACGGGAGCGGGGAGGAAGAGGCGGGCGGGCCGGGUGCCAGGGGAGGGAAGGCCGCGCGGCGAGGUGGGGCCGAAGGCGGGAGCUGCGCGGGGCCCGGCCCCAGGUGGGCGAGAGCGCGUCGAGGGCCCUGCAGAGAUGUAGCUUUCCUCCCCCUCGGACGCGGAGGCCCUCCCCGCACCACGGUGGUUGAAUCGGUAAAUGUCUGUCAUGCUCUGACAGGAACAAGCAUUCCCACGACGUGUCAGGGUGAGUGCUUGUGCCCAGAGAGGCUCCCAGAAGAUGUGGGAGGCUGUACGCCUGUGCCUAAUGAUUUAAGUGGAGGGAUUUUGCUGUCAUGGUGAAGGUGACAAGAAAUCUGUCUCGCACCUUUCAGUUUAUGUGGAUAAUUGGCCUUGUCUGCGCUAUUAAGAUUCGCUACCAUUUAUGAGAGUGCAGUCGAUGAAUUAAUCAGAUCUUCAAAAGGUAGUAAAACAGCACAGCCUAUCCACAGUUUUUACUGUCCUACAGGUGUUUAAUGAGAUAAGAGAUCUGCUAGACUGUUUUGAAUCCACAAAUGCUGAUAUCUUUUGUUCUGCUGCUUUGUAUCACUUUUUCACCUUUUAUGGUUAAACACUGAAUACGUUUGUUGUUCUAAUUAAAAAUGUGAAUGCACUGGGAGAGUUAAUGCUGCCUGUUGAGUGUUGUGAUAGCACUGAUGUAGAGGUAUCUUCCCAGCGUCAUCCUUCACCACUACUGCUCUUUCAGACUGUCAGUUGGUAACCAAUCACCUGAGCACUGGCUUCAGCUAGCAGUCCACGAUUUUUUCUUAGGACUAACAGUGAAUAAUGGUUAUUUACAACCUGCCUGAACCCUGUCUGAAUCUACCCUUAGCUGUGCUAGGUAUAGAUAGAGCCACUGAUCUGUCUGUAUGUCAGUCCGUGUGUCAUCAAGGCUGCUAAGAAAAAUCUUUGUAAGCAUGUGUGCAUUUGUCUUCAGCCAUGCAACAUUCUGUGUUCUGCUGGAUAUGAAGAGAGCAAGCUGCUGAUGUGGAAUUAAGAAAGAAUCACUUAAUGCAAAAUAUUUGGAAACACUGCUUUAACUGUAGCAUAGCAAUACUAAAACUGUAGUUCUAAAUGAAUCCUCAGGAGCCUACAUUUGCUAAUUAAUUUGAAUGAAAGUUCAUUGGAAAUGGUAAUUUAAAAAUUGUCUAUUAGAAUUCCUGAAAUGUUAAAUAAUUUGAAAAUGAGAAGGAACAAGGUUUUUAGACUACUUUGCAUGUUUUUUUUAUGGUCUCAAAAAUGGAGCAAUAGUAUUUUUAAUUGCAAGUUGAUUCUUCAAGAAGAAGAAAAUAUCUGCUUGGAGAAUUUCUAACAUAAUUAGUCUGUCCAAAUGAGAGACAUCUCAUGAGCAACUACGCCCUGUACCUCAAAUACUGUUCAGAGUAAGAAAUUAAAACCUCAGUGAAAAUUGACAGUUAACUCAUAGUAUGAAAAGAUUCACAUUUAUGCACCGGUCUGUUCAGCAGAUGCAUUUUUCAGUGAGGAAAAUAAUGGGAGUAAAUGUCACUUCUCGCAAAUAAGCUAUUUCUGUUUGCAUCAUUUGUGCUGAGCAGAAGGAGGGGAAGUGUCACUGAGGGUGCAAAAGGAGAAGGAAUGUUGAAGACAUGACAGAGUGGGAUACAUCUUCAGGGGAAGGCAGAGGCCAGGAGAAAGGAGAACUGAGGAUCAUACCCCUGCUGUUUUCCAGUGUGUGAUAAAAAACAGCUGUAUACCAAUUCUAAGUAGUUAACAUACUUCAGCCUGGUAUAAGUAACUUCAGUGCACUGAUAAGUUAUCUAUAGAAGUUAUGUCUCUAAUUAUCUUCAACAUCAGUAUGACUUAAUUUAAACAUUGCUGACAUUUAGAAUAAAAUAAACGUAUGUAGAAAUACACAGCUUGAUUCAAAGUGUUAACUCUUCUCUCUAUCUGCAUAGUAUGUUCCUGUGUUUAUAAACAUAAUCUCAUUUAGAAAUAUAAAUACUGAAAUUCAUUGAUCAUCAGAAUUAAUGUUUAGCUUUAGAGUAGAAUUACCAUUCUUUAGAAUAUGUUUGGUAUAAAUUUCUAGAUCUUAGCUUGUUACAACUGAAGCUCAACUCUAACUCUUAGCUUUUGAGGUUCUAUACUGUAGGUUUUACUGUUAAGUCUGUUAUAUUUCAAAUUAUGACUUGAUGCUUUAUCUUCACAUACUUAUUGUUCAGUGAUUAGUAUAAAGCAUAUUACUUUAUGCUUAUGUCUUGAAGUUUUUUCAUUUUGGCAGAGAAGUGACUAACAGAUAUUUCUACUGUUUGCCAGUGCCAAAGAGUAAAGUUUGUUAAGGGUUAAAUAGAACAGAUAAUGCUACUUCUGUUUUCAGCAGACUCUAAUGCAGUGUUUUAUUUUGCACUUAUAUUAAUCUUUGCUGCCUCAGUGCAGAAUGGUGAGGGUAACUUUGUCAGUCCUAAAGGUUAAUUUCAUUCUUCUUUAAGGCAUGCCAUUAUUCUGUUAACAGUAAUUGCUCUUUUUUUGAAUGAUUAAUUUCAUCGUAUGAACUGUUUCUAAUUAUGUUGGUGGCUGGCAAUUUCCUGGACUGAGAAACUGUAGCUGUGAUCAUAUCCCAUUUACUCAGUAUAUAUGCUUUGAGAAUAAUGCUCACUGACAGACGUUCUCAAAUAUCCAGUAAUUUUGAGAACUCUUUGGGAAUGUAUAUAAGAUUUCUAGCACUUGUUUUACAUUUGUUUUGGGUACUUGCAAGUGUACUUGACAAAUAAGGGCUGAGACAACUGGAUUUAAGCCAUAGGAUGAACAGGCUUGCAAAUGCAGGCCUAACUGCUAAAUUAUCACCUGUCCUGUUCUUGCUGUGAAAACUGAAAGGAGUAGGAUGUGCUUCUUGCACAUUUUACCAUGUUCUUACGCUGUUCUUGAGCUUGAUACGCUAGCUUCUCUAAGCUAUAUUUACUCGCUUCAGUUAUUGUUAAUGAGCCAGAGCUUACACUUUGCAAAUCAGUGCAGGAAUAUUAUGAGACGCUUCGUGAACAAGCCCUAGCAGGAGGUGCAAGGUGGCUGCUGAGCUGCCUGCAGGAGUUACGUGGUUCACUGUCAGCAGCUCAACCCUAAAUUCAAGAGUGAUUCUGCCAUGGCAGUUCUGGCUCCAGCUCUGGAUCUGCAUUCAAUUUACAUAGAGUACAAAGACACCACACUGUCUCAGCUGCAUUUACAGCAAUUGAAUUCAACAGUGAUUCAAAUGAAGAAUGGAAUCCUUGGAGGUGCUGGGCUUAGCCAGCAUGUAGGAGUGUCCCGCGUGAAGAUUCAUCCACUUGGUUGGCUCACACUGAAGCUGGGAGCAGUUGUAGUACUGUUGUGCUGACAAAAGCAUCAUUCCCAUGGAUACAAGCUGUCAUGUGUUGGGCAUCUCUCUUCUUGCAAUUGCUACAAACAUUGGGCAUAUGGUAUUUGCUGAAGGGCUGAGGUUAUGUGAAUCUUCUGGGUUUGAGACAGCUCUUCAAGGCAAGAAGAGACUGUUCACAGCAUCCAAAGAAGGAGAUAAGCACUUAAAUGGCACUUAGAGAAUUCAGGUGUCUAACCUGUUAAUCUAGGCCUCAACUUCUGUUUUAUCCCGGAAGCCCUUUAUAGGGGCUAGAACAGGUACAGUUGCCUUUAAUUGCAAGUACCCCCCUCCCAGCAUGCAGCUCAUCUAAAAUACAAGGAUCCCAAAGCUGAGUGAUACCUCCAGUGACCUGGCAGAAGUCUUCACAGUUUGACUAACUGCUUUGCCACAGCAUACCAUCUUAAAGGCAUGUUCUGUGCAUUCCUUGUUCCCUGUAUGCUUGUAAAACACUUAAUUUGACUUGUAUGUGGAGUCACUCUGGCAAAUAAAAAACAAAAAUAUCACCUUAACCCUUCACAUUAUGUAUGUGAAUGGUCUCUUUGCAGUCCCAGUUCUGUAUCUUUCCGUGCAACUGUAGUCCUCACCAACUGUGGUAAAUCUCUGGUCUAGUUCACUCUUCCUGCAGGAAGGAAUAGCUGCAUGCCUUUGUGUUCGCUAAUCUGCGUAUAAUCUGUCCCUGAGGAUUUUUUUUUAGGCAGGCUGCCUGUAGGUCUGCUACAGACAUGUGCUUUAUGAUACAUUAAAGAACUUCAACUGGCUAGUUAAAAUUGGACCAAUGAUCCCCACCCCAUAGACACAUGUACUGCCUCUGCAGUCAUGUAUUGCCCUCCCUGACUGCUGCUGCCACUUCAGAGACAUGUGAACUCUUUGUGAUCUGCUUGGGCACUGCUGCUGUUUUCAGCCAGGUAUGCAAAAGUAAACUAACCCUCUUCAUGAGUGGAUCACAAGUUCCUAUUUCAGAGGCCAUAGGCUUGGGCCAGAGAUGGCAAGCGGUUUUUCUACACAGCUACUUGUCUUCAUCUGCCUGAUGCCUUUCUAAAACUAUUAAAUAAUGGCGUUACUGGUUUCCUGACUUCGCAAACAGUAAAUAGGAAUCUGAAGGACACCUUGGAGAUGCUCUUUCUAAUGCAGUACAAACAAAGUGACUAAGUCUCUGGAAAGGUCUACAGGUAUGCUGGGACAUGUUUCUAGGGCUAAGCCUGUCUGAUUUAGGAAAGGCCCUAAAGAAGUCACUGGUUCAGUGGGAAACGUUUACUCAAGAGUAGUGUUUGAAUAAUGUGGGUCUUGGAAGAGAAUUCCACUUUGAUAGCGGUCAGUAUUUUACUCAAAUGCAUGCUGUAGCUUGUAAGAAAUAAAUUCUAGGUCAGUUGAAAUAAUCUGUUAUUCUAGUCUUUCAUUGCCCUUUAAUGGCAUUGUAGGCAAAUUAAUUUUAAGACUUAAUUUAUGACCCAACCAUACUUGCCUUCUAAAAACUCUCCAGGGCAGGGACUUAAAAAGUCUUACAUGUUUGUAAGGCUCUGGUACAGGCGUUCUCUGUGUGUUGGUGUCCAGUAGGCAAUAUUGAAAUAUAAAUGCUAAAUAUUGGUGUCUACAGAAGUAUGAACCACAUGUCCUGUAUGCUUUUGGCACACUCAUGAGUGUGUGCCAGGUAGAGAAGCGCUUUGGAGUUUGAAACUUGAACCCCUUUUGAACUAUAAGCAUCUCAUCUCAGCAUAAUUCCUAGGGAGAAAAUCUUUUUCUCUUGUCCAAGCCUUUUGGAUUUAUGUAGGCUCUGUGGAGUUCACUGGUGGGUUUAUUUGGCAGGUGGGCCUUAUUAACCUGCCAGCAAGGGACUGUUUGACCUGCUUAGGUUUGUGCAGCUUGUAAAUAAAGGUUCUGUCAGGGAAGAGAGAUUCUCUUGUGCUUUGGACUAUUUAUAUCUCUUACAACUGUGGCUGCUAAAGCUUAGAAAGAAACAGAAGGUCUGGGAUGUGAGACAGAAAGCCCUGAGAGAGUCUUAUGUGUUGCACUUGGAUUGCUGUGUUAAUAUCCUAAAAUAAACACAGCAUGUGAGAAAACAGGAAAUUUGUUAUAAUUAUUAUUAAUUCAAAGACUUAAAUUAUUGGUUAUUGAAUGGAAUAUGGCUGAGCUUGGCUGCAGAAGACAAAAAAAAAUACCUCUUAAUUUAACACUAGAAGCUAUUGGCAAUCAAUGGGAACACGAUGUUUAAUGAGCUUAAUUUCCCUUGGUUUUUUGCAUUGUUCUCAAAUUUCAUAAUUACUAGUCUUCA